AUGAACGGCCGCUCCGUCAGCAGCGCGAGGCAUGUGUUGGUGAUUGAGCCAAGACACGCGCUUCAGCAGAGUGAGGCGGAGGGUGACAGGACCGCACUCGAUCAUCCAUCCGGGUUGGCUACCUAACCGAAAUGCACGUGGACGGCACUGCCUGGAUUGCAAAAGAUUGCAAAGGCACCAUCUCACUCACCUCCGUCCGGGUGAAGCGGUUCGGCGCAGGCAGGCGGCGUCCUGUGUUGCCAGCACACAGCCCGC